AAGUUUGACGCUAUAUUAGCAUUUUUUUAAUUUUUAAUAAAAUUGGUUGUUUUUAUUUUUAUGAUGUUUCUACCAAUAUUACUAAUAUUGGCAAUUGCAGUGGUUAACUGUGCCAUUAGACCACAUUUAAAAGAUAGUCGGAUAGUCGGAGGCUACGAAACAAGAAUCGAAGACCAUCCUCAUCAAGUAUCAAUCAUGCGUUAUGGAUGGCAUUCGUGUGGUGGUUCCAUAAUAGGUGAAGAAUGGAUCUUAACAGCAGCUCAUUGCACUGCGUCAGUAAAUCCAGGAGUCCUCUCAAUCAGAGUCGGGAGCUCGUUCCGUGAUCGAAAUGGUACUGUAAUCGAUGUCGCAGAAAUAUUUGUUCAUCCAAAAUAUAAUGCAGAACAUAUCGAUUAUGACUAUUCGUUACUUCGAAUGGCAAAACCCAUUAGACAGUCUAUAUCUACUAGAGCUAUUAUGCUGCCACAACAAGGAGAAAACUUCAAAGAAGGAUUGCUGACCACCAUAACUGGCUGGGGCACACUUUCAUCCGGUGGCCCUCUACCAUCGACUCUACAAGCCGUCGCCGUUCCCUUGAUUUCAACCGAGCGCUGCUCUCUUGCCUACGGCGUAGACACGAUCACAGAUCGCAUGAUCUGCGCCGGGGUCGACGCCGGCGGUAAGGAUUCGUGCCAGGGCGACUCAGGUGGGCCGAUGAUCGCUAACGGCAAACUUAUCGGAAUUGUGUCCUGGGGCAGAGGAUGCGCGCAACCAAAAGUGCCAGGAGUGUAUGCUAAAGUGGCCGAUCAGAGGGAUUGGAUCAAAUCAGUGACCAGCAUUUAGAUACUAUUAUAUGAAUA